GUUGUUUUGUGAAAUUAGUAAAAAAAGAAACUUAAAAAAAAAUAUUAAAAAAUCUAAAGGAAAAUGGAUGCCCACGAUUUGUUUCAUCAGCUGACGAGAGGAGUAAGAUUUACUAAGAAACGCAAUGAAUCAAAUCCAAAGAAUCCCUCGUUAAAUUUCCCCGAAAAGUCUCCUAAACAUGAAGAAGAAUUGAAGAUAAAAGAUGAAGGUAUUGCCACGGAAGAAGAGGAAGAUGAUGACCAAAUGGAAUAUGAAGAAACUAUGGAAAACUCCUGCAACGAAGCAGAAGAUGACGAAGAAGAACCACAAUCAUUUGAAUUCCUUUCCGGUGUUACAAGCGCACCGAAAAAGUCUAAAAAGAAAAACAAGCCGGCCCUAACAGAAGAGGAGAAACAAAAACUACUCGAAGAAGAAAUGGUCACAACAAUACGCAAGGAAAAUCGUAUAAAUGUGCUGGGCAAAAAUAUCCCACCUCCAAUAACGUCUUUUCAAGAAUUGCACACCACCUACAAAAUGAAUGAAAGAUUAGUAGAGAAUUUGGUGAAUUGCAACUAUGCGCAGCCCACAGCCAUUCAAAUGCAAGCCAUACCCAUAAUGUUGCAAGGACGGCCGCUGAUGGCCUGUGCUCCAACUGGUUCGGGUAAAACCAUUGCAUUUUUGGCACCCAUCAUAAAUGAUUUGAAAGCUCCAAAGAAAGUGGGCUUUCGAGCAAUAAUUUUGGCACCCACACGUGAAUUGGCCCAACAAAUCUAUCGGGAAUGUGUUCGAGUUUGUGAGAAGACAGCACUAAAGAUACACAUUAUCAGCAAAGUGAAUCAGGCUAAACAAAAAUUGGAUAAAAAAUAUGAUAUCCUGAUUUCAACCCCAAAUCGUGUAAGAUUCCUAUUGCAACAAGAACCACCAUUACUGGAUUUGAAGGCAAUUGAAUGGUUUAUUUUGGAUGAAGCUGAUCGAUUGAUGGAAGAGGGCCAAAACAAUUUCAAAGAACAAUUGGAUGAUAUUCUUGCCGCCUGUACAAAUCCCAAAAAGAAAUUGGCCUUAUUCAGUGCAACAUACACGGUGCCGGUGGCCAAAUGGGCUCUAAAGAAUUUAAAGAAUCUUGCCCGCGUAACUGUGGGUGCACAAAAUUCUGCCACCGAGACAGUUGAACAAGAAUUACUGUUUGUUGGCUCGGAAAGUGGCAAACUUUUUGCAAUGCGUGAUUUAGUGCGAACCGGUCUCAAGCCACCUGUUUUGGUAUUUGUACAAAGUAAGGAUCGUGCAAAACAACUUUUCGAAGAGCUGCUGUAUGAUGGCAUCAAUGUCGAUGUAAUACAUGCUGAUCGUACGCAGCAACAGCGUGACAAUUGUGUGCGGGCAUUCCGUGAAGGUCAUAUUUGGGUAUUAAUUUGUACAGAACUUAUGGGUCGUGGUAUUGAUUUUAAGGGUGUCAAUUUGGUGAUUAACUACGAUUUUCCACCAUCGACCAUUUCCUACAUUCAUCGUAUUGGUAGAACGGGUCGUGCUGGAAGGCCUGGUAAAGCCAUAACAUUCUUUACACAAGAUGAUACACCAACAUUGCGGAGCAUUGCUGAAAUCAUAAGAAAUUCUGGCGGUAAAGUUCCUGAAUUUAUGUUGAACAUGAAAAAGCCCAAAAAGUCGGAUAAAAAGAAAUUGGCCAACUUUGCACCCAAGCGUGAAGAUAUUUCCACCAAAAUCAAACCGGAGCAAGAAAGACAGGAGAAACUAACAAAGGUUGAGAAAUCGUUAAAAAAGAAACAGAAAUCUCCCAAUGUUGAUGAUGAAACUAAACAGAAAAAUAAUCAAAAAUUGAAGAAAAUACAAAAAUUGAAAAAUUCCAAGACUGAAUUUCAAAACAACAAAAAGCCAGCCAAUAAACAUAAAAAUCAACCCCAACAAAAAUCGGGGAAAAAUAAAAAAUCGAGACCCAACAAAUAAAUCACUAUUUAUAGUAAAUAAUUAAAAAAAUCACUUUAUUUUACUAUAGCUUAAGCCAAUAAUAAUGUAUAACAAAUGUUGUAUAUUUAGUGUUAUUAUUUUUAUAAAAUAAAAUAUUUUUUUUUAUUAA